GCAGCUGUUGUUGGUGGAGGGCCCGUGGAGAGAGUGAUACGAGACAGUGGAGACAGCUUGGCACAGAACCACUGGACCAAUGAGCUGACACUGGCAGGUGAACCUGAGACAGUCAGACAGGAGGCCACUGGACCAGGAUAUCUGGUGGACUCCAGAACGCCUCACCAUGUCCAUAAAAGUUCCAUGCAUUUCAAGCUAGGGCGGCCUGAGGAGGAAGCUAGCAUGUGGGGCAUGGAAGAACGUAUGGAUAUGGACCCCGAAGAGGAUAAGGAGGAGGAUUUCAGUUGGCAAGAACCAGGAGAGGAUGAUUGGACUGCACCACUUCUAUCGCCAUCACAUCAUCAGAGUAGAUCCACAGCCAGUGACUCUGGUAGCCCCUCACAAAUAAAAACACAGCCCAAUGGGUUCAGGACGCGGAGGCUGCUGCGCUGGUAUAGACUCAGUAGGACUGUGAACCGCCACACUCGCUUGGCCCUGCAUUGGAGGACAUGGUGCCAGCUGGCUAAAUGGUCUGGGUCUUUGGGCCUGGGGUACAGGCGAGCUAGGCCUAGGAGGUGGCACCUCGGGAGCAGGAACAAACAUCUCCACAACAGACGGAAGCCAGGAAGAUCCUAUCUGCAUGGGGGAACUCAGGGCUGCUUUAAGGGAAGGGAAGAUAUAGAGGCUGGAGAUGACCCUUGGGUGUGUGGGACAAAUGGACACAUAGGGAAUGAGGUGGUGAGUAAUGCAGCCAAGGUUGGGGACAAGGACGGGCUGGGCUUCCGGGAAUCUCCUGUAAGCCUGCCAACCAUCCACAGGGAUAAACCACCACCUCAGCAGCAACUCAGCAGUGAACACAUCUCCUGUGUACAAGGUAUGUUGAAUGAAUUCCUGCACCAGUACGGGAGCAUGAUCCCUAUCCAUGUGGAUGAGGUGGUGGACAAGCUACAGGAAAUCUUCCCCAGCAAGAGCUUCUCCGAGCCCCACAGGAAAGUUGUUGUGCAGCACCUCCUCCAGUCUUACCAGCGUCUGUCUGGGCCUGCCAUGGUGAGGGGGUUCCGUGUCAACUACAAGCGCCACACCCUCACAAUGGAUGACCUCAGCACAUUGUACGGACAGAACUGGCUCAACGACCAGAUCAUGAACAUGUAUGGGGAUAUGGUUAUGGACACAGUCCCAGAAGAGGUUCAUUUUUUCAACAGCUUUUUUUACGACAAGUUAAGGACAAAGGGCUAUGACGGGGUCAAACGGUGGACAAAAAAUGUGAACAUUUUCCAGAAGAGGCUACUGUUGAUCCCUAUCCAUCUGGAGGUGCACUGGUCUCUGGUGUGUGUGGACGUCCCACAGCGCGCCAUCACAUACUUUGACUCCCAGCGCACCCUCAACCGCCGCUGCCCAAAGCACAUUGCAAAAUACUUACAAGCUGAGGCAAUCAAGAAAGAGCAGAAGGAUUUCAUCACAGGGUGGAAGGGUUUCUUCAAAAUGAACGUGGGCAGGCAGAACAAUGACAGCGACUGCGGAGCAUUUGUCCUCCAGUACUGUAAGUGCCUAGCCUUAGAGCAGCCUUUCCGUUUUGGCCAGCUGGAUAUGCCAAAGCUAAGGAGACUCAUGUACAAAGAGUUGUGUCAUUGCAAGCUCUCACUGUGAGUUUGAAUGAAAGAACUAUCGUAGAACGAAAGAAGAUGUAGACUAUUCACCCUUCCCUUCCCCCAGCUCUCUUGGCAGAUAUGUUUUUUACAAGAUGGACGUUGUUGCAUUUUUAUUUUCUUGCUCACACCCACUCACUCUUUAUAUCUGUUUAUUUUCCUUUUUGAUACAAGUAAACUGUACUCCUAUGAGGACACUAAAACAAAAGAACGGUUGUUGCACUUAGGGUGUGAUUAUUAUAAUAUUUUUUUUAAAUAUAUUUGACCAUAUUUUACUUUUUCUCCCCAAUUUCGUGAUAUCCAAUUGCGCUCUUGUCUCAUCACUGCAACUCCCUAAUGGGCCCGGGGAGGUGAAGGUCGGGUCAUGCGUCCUCCGAAACAUGACCCGCCAAACUGCUCUUCUUAACACCCGCCCGCUUAACCCGGAAGCCAGCUUCACCAAUGUGUUGGAGGAAACGCCAUUCAACUGAUGAUCAAAGUCAGCCUGCAGGUGACCGGCCCACCACAAGGUGUCGCUAAAGCGUGAUGAGCCAUUAAAGCCCCCUGGCAAAACCCUCAUCUAAUAUGAACGACCCUGGGCCAAUUGUGCUAUCCCAAUGGGACUCCCAGUCACGGCCGGUUGUGACACAGCGUGGGAUAGAACACUGCUCUGUAGUGACGCCUCAAGCACUGCGCCGCUUGGGAGGCCACGCAAGAUUAUUUUUUGGUCCUUGAUGUUGUUGGGGGAUAGCCAGUGUUGAAAAUAAAAUAAAUGAAAGUUAAAUCUUGAUGAAGUGUUGAUGGAUCACAACCUUAUUUUCAGUUGAUUUGUAUUCAUUUUUAGGGAACAUGGUUUGUGGUCCAUUUAGCUUUUGGCGAAUUAAUAUUUCCUAUUAGAUGACAAGAUAAUUGAUUUAUUUUUAUUUGAAUCUGAAAUCAUUCAACACAAACUGUUUUGUUUUGUCUAAAGGAAAUAUUAAUUAACGAGAAAAUUAAUGAUUUGAUUAUUCAAAUGUUGUUUUUAAUUAUCGGUUCUGGUUCAGCCUGUGCACCAGUACGUUUUGGCCAAUGAAUAGUCGUGGCUUGCUGACAACACAAAUUAUAAAUGGGUCGUUCUUCAUGUUUUUGAAUUGACAUAUGUAAUCGAAUAAAUGGAUAAACGUUA